AUGGCGGCGCAGAGACGGCGGCGCAUUGCCGUGGAGCCACGGGACACACCGAAGCUUGCACCCCAGAGCGUUCCGCAGCCCGCGCCGCCCGAGGUCGCGCCGGAGAGCGCGGCGCCGGCGGGCUCGACACAGACGGGCCACUCUCUGCAGAGCUACCGCGACAGACGGGCCGCCCUUGCCGCUAGCGCCGACGCGCCUCGUUCGAGCCGUCCGGGCGCCGCCCGAGCGCCCAGUGGCGAGCCUCCAGGCAGCCGCACGCAACGCACCCAGUCCCGGCAGGGCGCCCGGGUGGCAGCGCGGCACCAGCCCGAGCAGGCAGCUCCGCGCCCGGACCCUCCGGAGCCCCGCGGCGCCACGCCGUUCGUCGCGGGCACCGUCGCGAGCAGCGCGGAGCUGAUGGCAACACAGAUGCAGGACGCGCUCGAGGCGCAGGAGCUGGAGGAGGCCAAGGAGCGCGAGCGGCUCCGGCAGCAGGUGCAGGAGGUGGAGGACAGCGUGGACGAGGAGGCCGAGGCGGCGCGGAAGCGCAGCCUCGGAGACGCCGUCUCGGAGUGGCAGACGCGUUUGCGCGCGCAGGUGGAGCUGGAGCGCGCGGAGGAGGUCGCUGCGCUGCAGCAGUCCUUCGAGGGGCCGUCGCUGGGGCGGCUGCAGGCCGACGGGCUGAUCCUGGCCGGCUUGGCCGUCGUGGACGGCCCCCGCGCCCUGUUCAGCCAGGAGGUCUUUACGUUCGCGCUGCCCAAGGGCGGGCGGCUGCCGGCGCACCGCCUGCGUGUGCGGGACCCGGUCGCGACGCGGCCGCUGUCCGAGGACGUCCCGGAGGCGCUGGCGGACGUGUGUGGGCAGCUGGACGGGACGGUGGUGCGUUUCACGGCCGAGGAGAUCGAGGUGGCGUUCGAGUCCGGGGCGCGGGGUGCCCUCGAGCAGGUCGUCGAGCACCUGCGCGCGCGGCGGUCGAAGGUGGCGUGCUGGUGCAUCGCGCCGGGCGCGCAGAGUGGCACGUACGACCGGCAGGUGGAGGCGAUCAGGCGGCUCGGGAGCUUCCGGAACCGCAGGGGGACGGACCGCAGGCGCGCGGAGAUGACGCUGCGCGCGGCGCUGCUCGGGGCGCUGCGCGGGCAGGACAUGCUGGGCGUGGCGGGGCGGGCGCCGCUGUGGGCGGGACACGGGCCGUGGCGCGAGGCCGCGACGCGGGCGUUCCGCGCGGUCGAAGGGCUCAACGACAGCCAGAAGCGCGCGGUGUUCGACGCCCUGUCGCGGUCGCUCGUGCUCUGGCAGGGCCCGCCGGGCACGGGGAAGACGCGGACGCUGCUGUCGCUGCUGGCGGUGAUGGUGCAGGCGUCGCGGGCGCAGGCGGCGACCUCGGGCGUGCUGCCGGACGCGGCGGACGUCGGGCCGAUCCUCGCCUGCGCGGGCACGAACGCAGCCGUGGACAACAUCGUCGAGGGGCUCCUGAAGCGCGGCGUGCGCGUGGUCCGCAUCGGCCAGCCGGCCAAGGUGCGGCCUUCGCUGCACAAGUGCGUGCUGGAGGCCAUCGUGCUGGAGGGCACCGCGGCGGGGCGACAGGCGAGCGAGCUGCGCCGGAAGAGCGAGGCGCUGCUCGCACGCAUCGCCCUGGCGCGGGAGGGCAAGCACCACGACCCCACGACGGGCCGCCCGCUGCCCCCCGUCGCUACGGACCGGCUGGACCGCGAGGAGCGCCGGGCGAAGGAGUGGGCGAGCCAGGCGCGCACCUUGAUCAAGCGCGGCCAAGACGAGGUCCUCGGGCGCGCCGAGGUCGUUGCCGCGACGUGCGCGGGCGCCGCGGACCCGGCCCUGUCGGGGAUGUUGUUCCGCAUGGUGGUGGUGGACGAGGCGACGCAGAUCGUGGAGCCGUCGUGCAUCAUUCCGCUCGUGCGCGGCGCGGAGUGCGUCGUGAUGGCCGGGGACCCGCGGCAGCUGCCGCCGACGGUCGUCAGCGGCGAGGCGGCGAAGCUUGGGCUGGGCGAGACGCUGUUCGAGCGGCUCGGCGACGCCGGUCUGGCGCCGCUGCUGCUGCGCACGCAGUACCGGAUGCAUCCGCUGAUCGUCGAGGCGCCGUCGCGGAUGUUCUACGGCGGCCAGCUCGAGGCGGGCGUGGCCGCAGAGGACCGCCCGCUGGUGCCGUGCCUGCCGUGGCCGGACCCGGACGGCAAGGGCGCCCGGCCGGUGAUGUUCGUGGACACGAGCGGGAGCAGGGAGGCCAGCGACCGGUCCAUGUCGUACCGGAACGCGGAGGAGGCGACGGUGGCCGCGGGCCUCGUCGCGCUCGCCUCGCACGCGUUCGGAGCGCGUGAUGGCGGCGCCGUGGGCGCGGCCGAAGCCGACGACGACCACGAACCGGUGUCGAGCGUCGCGGUCCUGGCGCCCUACGCCGCACAGCUGCGCCUGCUCACGCGCUCCCUGCGACGCGCGGGGCUCGCGGUCGACCGCCAAGAUCUCGACGUGUCGACCGUCGACGGCUACCAGGGCCGCGAGGCGGACCUCGUCGUCUUCACUGCCGUGCGGUCCAACGACCACGGCAACCUCGGCUUCGUGUCCGACCCGCGCCGGCUCAAUGUCGCGGUGACCCGCGCGCGCCGUGGCCUCGUCGUGGUCGGGAGCGCGGACACGCUCUGCUCGGAUCGCCACUGGGCGCGCUGGCUCCAGUGGGCGGACCGCAAGGGGCUGUGCGUGGACUCACAGGUGGUGUACGACGCACUGGAGCGGGCGGGCAUCGACCCGCCGCGCCCCGGGCCGCGCGGGGAUCGGCGGCCGCGAGGGGAUCCGGCCGUCGAGUCUCCGGGCCCGAGGUCGCCCGCCCGCUCUGGUCAGCGAGGACCUGCGCGCUGA